AUGACCCGCCGGGACACGCUUCAGACCGUUCACGAGCCUUUCGGUGACGCCUUCUACUUCGGCCCUGAGAGGCUUCACCAUCGCUAUGAAAAUGACCCCGAAGAGAGGACGAACAGUGGGUUUAGCGAUAGCACCUACCGCACUAUCUUCGACAACAUUGCGCGCGAUGGCUCAGAGGGUAAACGCGUCUUCAUUAAAGACAUGGCUUACUACUGGAUGCCACCUGACAACGAACCCCCCAAGAUUGCACCCUCUCUCAUCAACUACAAGCGAGGAGUCGGAACGAACACGACUGAGCUCUCGCCUGUCACGACGAGGUCCGACAAGGCCGGGAAGCCCUACCCAUACCCGACUGAAGGCGAGCCCGGGAACCCGACCGUUCUCCCCAAAGACCUGCUGUCUCAAUUCCACUUCACCUUCCUGAUCCGGCACCCUAAGCACAGCAUUCCGAGCUAUCAGCGCUGCACUACGGAUCCGUUGGAUAAAGUAACAGGCUGGAACUACGUCAACACUAAUGAAGCGGGUUAUGCUGAGCUCCGCCGUCUCUUCGACUACCUCCGCCAGGAAGGUAUUGUCGGACCGCGUAUGGCUGGGCAAAGCACAAAUGGCACAGAUGGCGAGGACGGAAACAACGACUCCGGCAUUGAGAUCUGUGUACUAGAUGCGGACGAUGUUCUCGACAACCCUUCGGCGAUGAUCGAGGCCUACUGCAAGUCUACAGGCAUCAAGUACGAACCGGAGAUGCUUAAGUGGGAGGAAGAAUUCCACCAGAAAUACGCUAAAGAAGUAUUCGAGAAGUGGAGAGGCUGGCAUGAUGAUGCUAUUAAUAGCUCAGAGCUCAAGGCCAGGGCUCAUAAGAAAGCCCCCAAGACCGACGAGCAGCUCUACGCCGAAUGGACAGAGAAGUUUGGCGAGAAGGCGGCCACGUGGAUCCGGGAUACGGUGAAGAAGAAUGAGGCGGACUACGAAUACUUGAAGCAGUUUGCCAUCAAGCCCAACUAG